AUGGCAAGCUCUAAUGUGCUCCUAGCUGCUCUUGUUGCUUUAAGUCUUUGUUUUGCAGCAAUCCCAGUCGCAGCAGCCACUUCCUUCAACGUUGUCAAUCGCUGCGGGGGCUCGCUUAACAUCAUCGUCCGCGAGAACGCCGGAGGCCCCUCGAUUGGAACCUCCGGAUUCACUCUCUCCCCCGGCGCAUCUCGCCGACUAAGUCCUCCGAAUCGCUGGGCGGGAAACAUCGGCACUGGAACUCCUGGCCUCCUGGCCGAGUUCUCGAUCAACAGCAACAGCAACCUUGAUUUCUACGACAUCAGCGCCGUGGAUGGCUUCUUCAUCGGCACUGGGAUGAGCAUCACUGGAUCUGGCAGGGGUCUGACUUGCCGAGCGGAUGCUGGAACUUGUCCUCCCCAGAACAGGAAUGGGAAUACUUGCGCCAGUCCCAACAGGAACGAUCCAAACUCGCAGUACGCGCGGAACGUCCGUGCCUCAUGCCCGGAUGCUUAUAGCUGGUCUGGUGACGACACCAAGACUUUUGCUACUGGAACCGGAGGAACUUUCAGCAUUACGUUCUGCCCGUCAUCAAUCAAUCUCUUUGCAGCAAAUAAAUGA